UUGUCGAGCGUAGAGGUUGUGUCGGAGUUUUGUGCGGAUGUUUUGUGCAAAAUUAUAAACAAUAAGCAUAAAUACGUGCGCGCAACGCAAAAGAAAUAGCAAACAGCAAUUUAAGAAGAAAACAAUACACGCUUGGAGCACAUACGAAACGCGUGCGUUUACAGUUAAAUUACGUUGCGGGAACUCUAGACUAGUGUGAGUGUUGGAGUCUCAACACCACCCCCAAAGCAAAAUACAGUUCUCUCUACACAUCACGGACUGACGCCCCCAAACCCUCCCACAGCAAAUAUGAGCAAGAAACCAACAGCGGGCCCAGCGCUCCACAAGGUAAUCAUGGUGGGCAGCGGCGGUGUUGGCAAAUCCGCGCUCACUCUGCAGUUCAUGUACGACGAGUUCGUGGAGGACUAUGAGCCCACCAAGGCCGAUAGCUAUAGGAAAAAGGUUGUGCUAGAUGGCGAGGAAGUACAAAUAGAUAUUUUAGAUACAGCCGGCCAGGAGGAUUAUGCCGCAAUCAGAGAUAAUUAUUUUCGCAGCGGCGAAGGAUUUCUCUGUGUCUUCUCAAUCACAGACGAUGAGAGCUUCCAGGCCACCCAGGAAUUCAGAGAACAAAUAUUGCGCGUGAAAAACGAUGAGAGCAUACCGUUCCUGCUGGUGGGCAACAAAUGCGAUCUGAAUGAUAAGCGCAAGGUGCCACUUAAUGAAUGCCAGCAACGCGCCCAACAGUGGACCGUGCCCUAUGUGGAGACCUCAGCCAAGACCCGCGAGAAUGUUGACAAGGUAUUUUUUGAUUUGAUGCGCGAAAUAAGAUCACGAAAAACCGAAGAUUCAAAAGCAACAAGCGGGCGUGCUAAAGAUAGAUGCAAGAAGCGGAGACUUAAGUGUACCCUACUUUAGGCAUUAGGUAUUUUACGAUCUAAUCAGGGAUAUAUCAUCACGUAAAAAGCAACGUCAGAAUGAUGUCAAGGAGCCGACAAAGCCCUCACCUUGC